UAGAACAUGAAGCGACGAGAAUGCGUCCUAAAUGGCGUGGAGCUCAGGGAUCUUGGUGAUAAAGGCCUUGGAUUGGUAGCCUGCGCGCCGCUGGCUAUGGGCACGGUGGUGCUGCAGGAGCGUCCAUACGCUACAUCACUCCUUCCGCACACCACGCCCUCCAUGUGCCGGUGCUGCUUCACCAGCAUCAGCGCGGCCACCAAGGGCCUGCGCACCUGCCGCAGGUGUCGUUCGGCGCACUACUGCAGCUACAAGUGCUACUCCGCCGACCGACGGACCCACCGGGAGAGCGGCGAGUGCUGGCUGUACGCGCAUGCGCA